UCUGUGUCGGUCUCAGUCGAGCGCUAGUCUUCAGUCUGUACGGUGCUGUGUGAGAGGCGUGUCACCUUGCUGUCUCUGUAUCCUAUCCUCGCGCUUUUCAUGUAUAGUAGUUGUGUGUAUAUUAACGUUUAACUUAACAGCCGUGUUCGUGUCCAUGUUUCUGAACUUCGUUUACGGUUUUUAGAAAAAGUGCGCCUUCAGUGAAGUGAUGUGUUGUUUUAUGUGCUUGUCUCACAUACUGGAUUAACUAAACGGUAUUGGAUCGGUUAUGUGGUGAAGAUGUGCUCUGAUUUCAACUGGGUUUCGCAGUUCCUUUUUCUGUAUUUAGGUAAAAAUUCAACGAACAUAUAACAUUAUAGUUUUGUGUGUACUACAAGUUUAUCAUUCGUAUUACAAGCUUUGAUUCUUAUCUUGUAUAUUAUAUGAGCAGUGGUUUUUUGCAGAGAGUAAUAAUAUGUUAGGGAAUGACGCAAAAUAUAUUAGCCAGUAGGUUCCCUUGAAUUAAAUCAUAAAUAACAUUUUAAAAAUGAAACCCGUACCGUGGUUGGGCAUAUUGGUCUCACUGUGUGCUCUUGUAGUUACGGCUGUGACUAAAAUCGAAACUCAUGAACAAUGUGUGUGGACUUCAGAUAACAAUGAGACCGGUAAAACGGCAGUUUCCUGCCGAGUUCGGACUCUGGGUUCUGACGGCGCGAACUUGACCACCCUUCCGGUGGACGGCACGCUCCGGCUGCGCGUGGACUGUAGUGAAGUGCUGUUCUACGAGAGUUUCAUCCCGCCACGAUCUUUCCAGCGACUCCAUCAGCUUGAGGAGUUGACUUUAUACAACUGCAAGGUCCUAGAACUACCUUCAGAGUCGUUCGACGGGCUGCGGGAUUUGAAAAGAUUGAGUAUAAAUACCCAUAAUAUGGACUGGGGAACGGGAAAAACGCUUGAGAUCGGGAGAAAUAGUUUCGAAGGCUUAAGAGAACUACAAGUCUUGGAUUUAUCUAAAAGUAAUGUCCGGGCUUUACCUGAUGAUGUAUUUUGUUCCCUGGGAAAUUUACAGGCUGUGAAUUUAACUAGAAACAGUAUUAGAGAAAUGAAUUCUUUAGGUUUCGCUUCGAGACACCAAAAAGAAUUUCUUGAGGCAGGAGUCACUGUUCCAAGGAUAGAAUGCGCAGACGCAAUGGAUUUAAGAUCCCUAGACGUUUCUUACAACGAUAUUAGGACCAUCCCAGAUGACUCUGGGAUUACAAGAUUAAGACGGCUCCAGAAUUUGUUUUUGCAAAACAACGAUAUUUCCGACAUCGGCCCAAACUCUUUCAAUGGUCUUAUAUCUCUUAGAGUUUUGAAUAUGUCCAAUAACAGACUAGAAUCGCUACCUGAUGGUUUGUUUGCGAGUUGCAGAGAAAUACGAGAAAUAUAUUUACACAAUAACACUUUAUACGAACUCUCAAGAGGACUCUUGCACAGAUUAGAACAACUACUAGUCUUAGAUUUAUCCAACAACCAGCUCAGUAGUAACCAGAUAGAUGAUUCUACAUUUGUCGGACUCAUCAGACUCAUAGUGUUGAACUUGUCGCACAACGCUCUCACUAGAAUUGAUGCUCGGACAUUCAAAGAUCUGUCUUUCCUUCAAAUUUUGGAUUUGCGAAACAAUUCUAUUGGUUUCAUUGAGGAUAAUGCUUUUCUUCCUCUGUACAAUUUGCAUACGUUAAAUCUAGCAGAAAAUAGAAUACACCACAUAACUUCACAACUAUUCAAUGGCUUAUUUGGUCUCAGCAAACUGAAUCUGAAUAAUAAUUUGAUAGUCAAUAUUGAUUCACUUGCUUUUCGUAAUUGUUCUGAUCUCAAAGAACUUGACCUCAGUUCAAACGCUAUUCAAUACAUACCAGAAGCGCUAAGUGAACUCUCCUUUUUAAAAACCCUAGAUUUAGGUGAAAAUCAAAUCAGUGGAUUCAAUAAUGGCUCUUUCAAAAAUCUUCAACAGUUGACUGGAUUGAGGUUAAUUGACAACAAUAUCGGCAAUUUGACAAAAGGUAUGUUGUGGGAUUUAACAGGGCUCCAAGUUCUUAAUCUGGCGAAAAAUAAAAUUCAACAGAUUGAAAGAGGCACUUUUGAUAGAAACGAGCAACUGGAAGCCAUCCGACUAGAUGGAAAUUUCUUGUCCGAUGUGAACGGUGUGUUUCAAACUCUAGCUAACUUGUUGUGGUUAAAUCUCUCUGAAAAUCAUUUACUGUGGUUUGACUAUGCUUUUAUCCAUAGCAAUUUAAAAUGGUUGGAUAUUCACGGUAACUACAUCGAGAAAUUGGGCAAUUACUAUAAAAUUCAGGAGCUUCACAUAAAAACGUUGGAUGCUAGUCACAACAGAAUCGAUGAGUUAAACGAUCUGGCAAUCCCUAACAGUGUCGAAGUAGUAUUUAUAAACAAUAACUUUAUCAGUGAUGUGAAAGUAAAUACCUUUUUUGACAAGGCUAACCUCGCACGUGUUGAUAUGUAUGCAAAUGAAUUAACGAAAUUGGAUUUGAACGCGCUCCGGCUUUACCCCGUGGCGUUAAAUAAGUCGUUGCCCGAGUUUUAUCUGGGUGGCAAUCCGUUUCACUGCGACUGCUCUAUGGACUGGCUACCUGUGAUCAACAACAUGACAGCACUCCGCCAAUAUCCGAGGGUAAUGGACCUCGAGAACGUCAUGUGCAAGAUGACAUACUCCAGGGGAAUGAUGCAUAUCCCUGCUAUCGACGCCAAGCCUGCUCAGUUUCUGUGCCCGUACGAAACACACUGCUUUGCCCUUUGCCACUGUUGUGAUUUCGACGCCUGUGACUGUGAAAUGACCUGCCCGCAGAACUGCUCCUGCCAUCACGACCAGACUUGGAAUACGAAUGUUGUGGAUUGCUCCGGGCAGAACAAUGACCAGAUACCUAGGCGAAUACCGAUGGACGCGACUCAUGUCUAUUUAGAUGGUAAUAAUUUAAAAGAACUGCAAAAUCAUGUUUUUAUUGGCAGAAAGAACAUGAAAGUGUUAUUUGUGAAUAGCAGUAAAAUCGAAAGUAUUCAAAAUCGAACUUUCAAUGGACUUUCUUCGCUCCAGAUUCUAUAUUUAGACAACAAUUUGAUCAGGCAGUUGAACGGAUUUGAAUUCGAACAUUUAGCUCAUCUUAGAGAACUGUAUUUGCAUAACAAUUUAAUAACUUUUAUUAGUAAUUUAACACUGUUGCCUCUUCACUCGUUAGAAAUACUGAGAUUGGACGGCAACCGGCUGGCGACAUUCCCAGUGUGGCAACUGACGCUCAACUCGUACCUGGUGGAGAUCUCAUUAGGAAACAACCAGUGGUCGUGCCGGUGCAAGUUCCUGCAAGAGCUGCAGAUCUGGGUGUCUGACAACCGGCACAAGGUGAUUGACAGCGAUGAGAUCUGGUGUCUCUCUAACGAUACCAAGCCUCCCCACCGGCGGCGUGUCGACUUCAACAACACGGCCUGCAGCGACUUCUACUCCGGCAGUUCCGUUAUACAAAGUCUUAUUGUUUCCGACUAUCUCCCCAUGAUGAUCGUCAUCUUAUCGGCGUUCAUUAUUGUGGUUUUGCUCACCGUCCUCAUUUUCAUUUUUCGUGAUCCCGUGAGAAUAUGGUUAUAUUCUCGAUACGGUAUAAGACUUUUCCACUUCAAAGCGGCAUCGGCCAAGUAUUAUGGAGAAGAUAGGGAAAAGCUUUACGAUGGCUACGUGGUCUACAGUCCCAAGGACGAAGAGUUCGUGCUACAGAGUAUUGUCGCGGAGCUUGAACACGGCAAUCCCUCCUUCCAGCUUUGUCUACACUACAGGGACCUGCCGCACCACGCAGUUACUUCCAACUCACCGUAUAUGCAGCACACGACCUCCCCGGUAGUGGUGGAGGCCGCCGAAGCCAGUCGCAGAGUCAUCAUGGUGCUGUCUCGCAACUUCCUGCAGACCGAGUGGUCCAGAUUCGAGUUCCGCUCGGCACUUCACGAAGCCCUCAAGGGCCGCAUCUUCAAGUUGGUUCUGGUCGAAGAGGGCAGCAUUCUGCCAGAGGCCGAACUGGACCCCGACCUUCGACCCUACCUGAAGACCGGCGCGCGAGUGCGUUGGGGGGAGAAGCGGUUCUGGGAGAGACUGAGAUACGUGAUGCCGAGUGCCGACAGUCAGCGUAAGUCGUGUAAUUACCGUAGGAACAUUAAUAAUUAUAGCAUAGACUCGGGAGUGCACCGAACGACCGCGGGACAUAACCACGCGUACUUGCACGAAAAGUCAAAACAGCCCGCUUCUCCAAGCCUACAGCAGCAUAUAAACAGUCACCCGUUAUUCAAGGCUGCCGCGGUGACCAACAACGACAUGCUGGUGCCGCCGGCGUACUCGAGCAGUAGUACGCUGUCUAGGACGCCGCCCAAACCCCCGCAGGAGGACGCCAACUAUUCUUCCGCCACCACAGCCACUCCGUCGCCCAGACCUCUACACAGACAUCCUCCCUCGUCCGAGCAUAUCUACUCCUCCAUAGACUCACCUGACUACCCCAACUUGGAGAGGAGCUCCGUCCGGAGAGCGGUCAAUGGCGGAGUGCCCGUACACCAGCAGUCCUGGAGAACUGCAGGAGCUCAGGUCGUCGACUCUGGCGGUGUCCAGGCCUACCUCGUUUGAUGACAUUCCUAAACUUCCGGAUGGCCAGGGUUAGUGCCGCCUUCUCGCCAGGCCACGGUCGCACCAGUCGUUCUUCUGUGUUAGUCAACGAUUCGUAUGUUAGGCUUCCUCGUUGGAUAUUAAAUUAUUUAUUAUAUAUUUUGUUCGUCCUAUCUAUUUGUAGUUAUUGUAAUAAAGUCAUAGUGAUAUAAAUGGGACUUAUAUUCUAAUUUAUCUUGAUAUUUAUGCGUGGUUUAUAUAUUUAUUAUUGUUUACUAUGUAUGUUUCUUUCAAUUUUUGUGUAAUGUUCCUCAAUUUUAUGUAUGUGUGGGUUAAUCAUGCAUUUGUACGUUCAUGUGUGCUAAUUCGUAAAGUUACAAUACUAUAUACCUACAGAUGAUCGUUACGUCAACAUCUUGUUGUUCACAUUGAAUUGUUUCAUUUUUAUAGUUAUUUAUUUAUAAGUAAUAUUUACUAUGUUGUUUGAAACAAUAAUUUUGGUGCUUGAAUUUCAUUGUUAAUGUGAGAAUGUCAAUACUAAAACUUAGAUUAUAUGGUUUAUUUUGUGCAUUGAUACAUAAAUAUUACUUUCGUAAAGUUGCGUUCCUACAUGGAACAUUUUCAAAUAUUGGUUUGCAUUUAUGGUUGAAAAUGAAGUAUAAACGUACUGUAAUUAUAUUAUAAAAGUAUAAUGUGAGAAUUGUUUGUUUUUAUUUUAAGAGAUUUAUAAAGACUAUUAAUUAUUCUAAGUAGUAACAUUUGAUUUUAAUAUUUUUAAUAGUUAUCAGGCAGCAUAACAUUAAAUAAAACAGUUUAUUAUUUGCGUUGAUAAAAUUCAGUAAUUAAUUAGCACUAAACCGUUGUAAAUGCAAACAGUUAUACGAUUAGAACUACUUUCUGUGUUAAUCGAUUAUGUUAGUGUUGUUACAAGGUUCGUGUAACAAUAACAAGGCUAUGCAAGUAUUAUUGUGAUACAGACGUGUUGCUAGUGUGCCUGUUGCUAGUAGGUGGCUAGAUGGAGCACACUUAUCUCUCAAAAUGAAAUAUUGUGAUUUUGCAAGGAUAGUUUUUGUAAUAUUAUAUACGACUGAUAGCUUUUGUCGAAGGAUACUUGACGCUUCUUACAUAACUAUUUUUACAUGUAAUUUAUAUAUUAUUAUUGUAAGUGUACGCUGUAGGCCUAGGUUCGUUGUACCAUAAUGUAUAUACUCGUGUAACAAAUUUUGUACAAAUGUAAACUAGUUCCUGUACAGUCUAGGAAAAUAAUAACCAGUCACCAUACCAUUCUGAAA